AUGACUUAUAACUUGCCACCAUGGAUGUGCAUGAAACAAGAAUACUUCAUGCUUUCUCUGUUGAUCCCGGGACCAAAAUCGCCAGGAAAUGAUAUUGACGUGUACCUGCAACCAUUGAUUGAGGAAUUGAAGGAGUUAUGGGAACUUGGGAUAGAAACAUACGAUGCCGCAAGAAAUAAAACUUUUCAAAUGCAUGCAGCUCUCUUAUGGACAAUUAGUGAUUUUCCUGCAUAUGCAAUGUUAUCCGGGUGGAGUACAAAGGGGAAACUAGCUUGCCCUUCUUGUAACUAUGGGACUUGUUCUAGUUAUCUUACACAUAGUCAGAAGAUGUGUUAUAUGGGUCAUCAAAAGAAUAUAGUUGAUAGUAUUCUUGGAACUCUCUUGGAUAUAUCUGGCAAGACAAAAGACCACCUAAAUGCUCGAUAUGACUUGCAAGAAAUAGGCAUUCGUAAGAAUCUUCAUCCAAAAGAAAUAAGAGGUCAUAGAAAAGUGAAGUUUGCAAAAUCAUGUUUCUCCAUGACUAAAGCUGAGAAAUCAAUUUUUUGUGAUGUCUUGAAGAAAGAAAAGCUACCUGAUGGUGCUGCCUCAAAUAUUUCUCGAUGUGUGAAUCUUGCAGAAAGAAAAGUAUCUGGUUACAAGACUCAUGAUACCCAUUUUAUGCUACAUUAUUUACUGCAAAUUCCCAUCAAAAGUAUACUUCCAGAUUCGGUCGCAAUCCCUUUAAUUCAGCUUGGCUCUUUUUUUCGUCAGUUAUGUCAAAAGGUUAUCACAUUAGAAGAGAUAAAUCAAUUGGAAGCAGAGAUUGUGAUAACACUAUGCCAAUUGGAGAGGAUUUUUCCUCUUUCAUUUUUUGACAUAAUGAUGCAUUUGCCUAUUCAUUUGGCUAAUGAAGUGAGACUAGGCGGCCCAGUUCAAUUUCGGUGGAUGCAUCCUCCCGAAAGAUACAUGUGUACUUUGAAGUCAUAUGUUCGAAAUAGAAGUCGUCCUGAAGGAUCUAUUGCGGAGGCCUACUUGGUUGAUGAGUGUUUGACUUUUUGCUCACGUUAUUUACAUGAUGGUGUUCAAACAAAAUUGAAUAGAAUACCCCGGAAUAAUGAUGCUAAUGACUUUGAAGCGAAAAUUCCACAUUCAUUUCCAAUUUUGUUUCCUAAGAAAGGCUGUCCAUUGGGAGCAAAGAAGGGUGAGCUUUUUUCUCUUGACGACAAGUCUCGAAACCAAGCCCAUAGUUAUAUAUUAUUGAACUGUGGAAAAAUUGAAGACUAUGUUAGAGAGCAUGAGGCUGAUCAACAAGGAACAAGUUGGGUGAAAGCUAAGAACCAUAUUAUGACCUUUUCCUCAUGGUUUAAAGGACGUGCCAUGCGUCAGAAUGUUCCAGAUUGGAUUAAGGAGCUUUCUAGAGGGCCCAACAAGAUUGCAAAAAGAUAUUUGGGGUAUUUUAUCAAUGGGUAUAGAUUUCAUACUAGGCAACGUGAGGCAAGACGCAAGACGCAAAAUAGUGGUGUAACUUUAGUUGCGUUGACUACGAGCUUUGCAAGUGCAAAGGAUCCAAAUCCAAUUCGUGCAAAAGUUUCCUACUAUGGCAGAAUAAAUUAUAUAAUUGAGUUAGACUACUUUGACAAUUUUAAGGUUGUGUUGUUUAGAUGUGACUGGUAUGAGACUCAAGAGGAUGGCUAUGGCUCUUCAUAUGUUCAAUUUAACAGAAAAUGCUAUCAAGAACAGCCUUUUGUGUUGGCAUGUCAAUCAAUUCCAAGGGAUUUAUUUAACAUAGGUGACGAAGCUGAUGUUGAUCCCCAAGCUAUUUAUGAAAAAGAGCCAUAUGACCAGUCAAUGGGUCCUUCUAUACCCAAUGAUAAUGGUGAAAUUGAUUUGAUUAGGGGUGACUUGCACGAAGUUGUUAUAGAUGCUUCAAAAGGAGUUCUUCUUUCACAAGAAGAUAACACAGAAUCAGAAGAUAAUUCCGAAGACGACAUUGAAUGA